AUGGCGUCUCACAAGCGCGACAUGGCUGGUCCUGUGGUCUUUACCCUCACACCAGUGAACGAUGCCGCUGUCAAGGUCGUGGAAGACAAACGCAACGAGAUCUUCUGCAAACGACCUAAGCAGCGUAAAACUCGCAAGGAGAUCUACGUCACGUUCAACCCCCAUCGCUGCGAUGGACUCUAUCCAUCAACAGUUGGCCGAAAGGGACACAUCAAGCUCGCCGAUAUGCCUUUCGUUAUCAACAGCCAGUGCUCCUUCCAGAUUCACAAGGACACUGGAGAGGUUAUGAUUGUCGAUGAAUCGCCUAGCCAGACUUGCCGUGUGACCUUUGGCACCAUGGCCAAGGACUCCCGAGAGUUCAAGAAAUUUGGAGCCCUGGUCAUCUGUCUGUCUGCCACAAACAUCAUGCUUCAUUUCGGCAACAGAGCAAGCGAUUCUUGGAUGACAUGGCGUAUCAAGUGGCAAAUGAACAAGCUGAUCGACCUGCAAGAUUGGGCGGACAAGGCCGGGUUUCAUUCCAGGACUGGACAAGACAUGACACUCCGAAGCAUUCCCCCUACCCGACGUUUGGAACCCCAUGGCAUUCCUGCAGUCCCCUUUGAAACUCGAUAUCUCCCACGAGAGGAUAUCAAAGUCACACCUAUCGUAGGAGUCACCGAGGGCGUCGACGUGCUUACUGGUCACCUUGUUGUCAUCAAGAUGGUCACGGAUUCAGUGAAGCGUCACAAUCGCUUAGUAGGAGAGGCGAGAAGAGAACUCACCACCGAUUUGAAUCAUCCUCAUGUGAUCGAGUUCCUCCAGGUCGAAACGUUGUUUAACCACUUCUACCUUGUCAUGGAGCUACAGGACGGUGAUGCGAGCGAACUUGCAGAGCUCGACGAGUUUACGCAAGCGAGAGGCUUGUUCGACGUUGGAGACAACAUCGGCCGCCCUCUGUUCCAUCAGAUGCUGCAGGCCCUGGAUUAUCUUGCGUCCAACAGAAUAAUCCACCGAGAUGUCAAACCUCAUAAUAUACUCUACCGCCGCAUCGGUGACACUAUCCAUUACCGGCUUGCAGACUUUGGCAUCUCCACAAUUGCCCCCCACCGGGAGGUUAUCAGGGGGACCAAGAUGUUUAUGGCACCGGAGGUCUUGGUCCCUGGCUCUCAGCCACAUACAACGAUGAUUGACGUUUAUUCACUAUGUGUCUCCAUCUGUUGGAUGUUUGAUUUCGACAUGGGUGACGAUCGAAUCUAUGACCAUCGCAAAGUCGGGUUGGGCGAGUCACUCGUGUCUGAAGGCAUGGACGAUCCUGUCUAA